AGUGUGUCUGUGACUGUUAUUUAUAUGAACUGGUGGUUCUUUAAAUGGAAGUACAUGCAGUAGAUAGUUCGUCAAAGUUAGUAGAUCAACCAAUUACUUACGAACACGACACGCUUACUGAAACUACAGAAUUAGAACCGAUUGGACAAGAUUCAACAACUACAAAACCGAAACAGAAGUUAACCUGGUGGGUAGUAUGGUCAUUAUUCAUCACUGUGAUGGCCGGUACUUACCAAUAUGGUUAUUCGAUUGGGUCAGUGAAUGCUGCAGCCAUUCCUAUAAGAAGAUCAGUACAACAGUAUCACAUGAAUAAGUACAAUUCAACUUUAAGUGAAGGGAAAUUACAAAUCAUUUCCGUAACCAUCGUUGCUGCUUUUCCUGUUGGAGGUUUCCUUGGUUCUUGUUUAAUUACAAACCUGAGACAAUACGGAUACGUGAAAUCCAUGGCUGCCUUGCACGCUAUCACUGUAUUUGGUUCCAUUUUGCUUGGAAUCAGUAAAUUGGCGCAAUCGUUUGAAGUUUUAAUUAUCGGACGAAUUCUAAUUGGGAUCGUCAGCUCUACAGCAGGAACAGGCAUAGCACCGAUGUACAUUGUUGAAGUUAGUCCUAAACAAUACAGAGGAAUGUUUGGUAGUUUGAUUUCUUUGUUUAUUGCUCUUGGUAUCUUUAUCGCAAACAUACUUGGAUUACAAGAAAUUCUUGGUACAGACGAUCUAUGGCCUGUAUUUCUGUCAUUAACUUGUCUUCCAUCAGUGUUGUUCAUAUCUCUGUGUUAUUUCAUGCCCCCAAGUCCAAGGCGUUUAUAUUUAAACGCUGGAGAUAAAACUGGGGCUGAAAAUCUUCUAAAACGUCUCCGUGACAACGAUGAUGUCACAGAUGAAUUGGAUGGUUUGGAUCAAGAGUUGAAGGAACGGAAAAAGACAAAACAAAUGUCGCUUUGGGAGAUUGUAACUUCUUCUCAUCUACGUCGACAAGUUAUUGCGGCAGUUGUAAUCUCAUCGUGCCAACAACUAACUGGCAUGAAUGGUGUACAAUUCUAUAUGAAUGAGCUGUAUAGGUUGUCUGGUAUUCCCAACGCUAUCAUCCCAUACUGUGCAAUCGCCACUGCUGGUGUGCUGGUCGUCGCAACUGUGAUUGUGUCACUUGCUGCUGAGAAAAGCGGGAGAAGAAAUUUCCUUGUUGCUGGUUUCGGAAUUGAAUCAGUUUCCCUUCUUUGUCUUUCUGUUGCCUCGGUAACGCAAAGUCUCGCUCCAUGGGUUCCCUAUAUCGCCAUCUUGUGUGCAUUGUGUUUUAUCAUUGGCUUUUCCAUUGGUCCCGGUCCAAUGACACUAACUUGUGUUGCUGAAAGUUUUUCACAAAGUUCCAGAUCUGCUGCUCUGACAUUAAGCUGCCUUGUAUUAUGGUUCUCGUUUACACUUCUUGUGGUAGCAUGGCCUUAUAUUCAGGCAGCACUUGGAGGGUAUGCUUACCUUGUGUUCAGCGUUAUUGCUGCUUUAUGUUGCAUCUAUGUUUACUUUAGUAUUCCUGAAACUAAGAACCGUUCGUUUAUUGAGAUAGAGCAUUCAUACAAGCAGUUGAAACUACCUUCAUGUCUUUCUACUUCUAAUACUGUGGUUACUGAUACAAAUAAUCAUGAUAACACAACAACUGUGUAAUAUUACCUUUAAUAGUUUCAUUAGUUGCACUUCUACACAUUACAUUUGUACACAAAGUUCAAAUUCUACCUUUAUAAACGCUAACCUGUAAACGUAGUAAGUCUAAUCCAUUCCAAACACAUAUAUACUUUAAACUACUUGAUUCUUGCACAUUAUUCUUAUUCUGUAUACAUCUAAACACAAUAUAUUUAUUUCAUUGUAACAAUACCUAUUUAAAAGUGAAACUAUUACUUAGUUCAUCCACCUUAUACACAUUCCUUUUUGAGUGACUCUGUGCAGUAUAUUAGGUUAUAUAGUUGCGCCCUUUAUAACCUAAUAAUGAAACAGUAGUUUGCAAUAAAGUAAAUACCUCUA